AAUGGUAGUUAAGUGAUCUUCUCACUUCUUCAAACGAUAUAUCAAUUUAUAAUUGUCCAUAAAACGAGCAAAUGAAUGGUUUUGAUAACGGGUAUACAACAGAUCGCCGUAGGCCGUAGGCCUAUAUAAAUGAUCACAACAAAUCAAAUCAUGCUGGAGAUAUGUUACUAAAAAACUUGCUGUCUUAAGAAAAUUCAUCUACAAACUCGUUUGAACACUUGGAAAGGAGAUGGCUUCAGAAAUAAGUGUUGCAAUUUCCGAUGGCGUACUUACACUAUCUGCACUAGGCCCUGCUGUUUUGUUAGGCCCAAGUAAUAAAUAUGCUUCAGCUGGGUUUCUGCUGGUUGCUACAGCAGCGUUUCUGGGCGUGUUCAGAUUUGGCCAAAGCCAAGCUGGUCACAACCUCAUCUACUACCAUAAACUCUUUACAUGGCUCUCCACAAUCUUAGGAAUGAACCUACUAGCUUCUGGAUUUUACUAUGCAAAUAACCAUUCCACUAUAGCAUCAAUUCAUUUGGUAUUAGCGGUCGUUUUCACUCUUGGAAGCUUGCGGACACUAAACGUGAUUGAUGAGCAAAGGGCAGAGACAGUAGCAUCAACUACAGCAGUUUUGUCUUUUCUUUUCGGAAGUCUACUCCUAAGGAAUCCAUUUGGUGUUCUAGGAAUGUUGUUGUAUGCAGUUUCUGGUGCUGUUGGUACUACCGGGGAACUUAUGCAAGUGAAGCGUGUUAAUUGGUUUCAUUAUAUAUUUGCAUUUGGAACACUGACGUUAUUGAAAGCAUUUCAAUAUUAAGACAAGCUUGACUGAAAAAAAAAAUCAGGCCUCAUAGUUGGCUCAGCCUUCAGAAUUGUCUGAAAAUAAUGAACUAUGAUACAUAGUUUGAUAGGCCUACUCUGUGGUGGCUCCAGAAAUUUGCUGACAGUGGGGUCUAAACGAAGGGGCCCGACUAGAGCAAAUCCUGAUUCCCACUGGCACCACCGCUGAUCAAACAGCUAAUAUUUUUCUUAAAAGUUAAGGAACUGUUAUGUAAUCGCUUCAUAAAACUUCAGACGAUUCCAAAGGCCUGCCAACUUGGAGGCAUUUGUUGUGCGUGAUAAAUAUUUGUUUACAUUGAUUGACCAUCAAUAUGGGUAUGCGCAGUUUAAUCUGCAAAGUGGCAUUGAAUAAGUAUUAUAUUUAAACUUUAAUUCAAAGAGAUUUAGAGACUGAGAGGUAUACAGAUAUGAUUCUGAUACAAACAUACAAAGGUCAAGGGCAUUGUAGAUUCUGGGUUGCAUUAAAUUUCAUUAAACAAUAUUAUUUAUAG